CCUUGCAGAUUAUUUGCUUUUGCCGUUUGCGAAAGCUUAAAAUGCUGCGAAACCGGGACUGCAGAUUUUUACACAUAGUCAUACCUGUUCAGGUUACAUCUCAGAAACAUAAAUUAGUCGAAUUCUCCACAAGAAAUACAGUUACCGUUACUCUUUUUCUUGUAGAAAUUAAGCAAUUAUCGAGAUGCUGUCAACUCCAGAUAAAUCUGAUUCUCGUAUUCAUGUUGAUAAUACAGAAUCAACUAGCUCUUUAGCCUCUAUUCAAGAAAAAUCUUCAACAUGGGCAAGAUUCAAAGAUUCGUUUAAACCCAGUGAAGUAGUAGUUAAUAGUGAUUCUCAAAGUAAUGGGGAUUUAGAAGAUGCUACUGCUAAAGGUGAUUUAUUAAGAAAACUUAAAGGUAAACAUAUUCAAAUGAUUGCUAUCGGUGGUAGUAUUGGAACAGGAUUAUUUGUAGGAUCUGGUUCUGCUCUUAGAACUGGUGGUCCAGCUGCUCUUUUAAUCGGGUGGGGGUUAGUUGGUACAAUGGUCUUUUGUGUUAUUCAUGCAUUAGGUGAAUUAUGUGUUCAAUAUCCUGUUAAUGGUGCCUUUUCACAAUAUGCCACUAGAUUCGUUGACGAAUCUUGGGGUUUUGCUGUAGGUUGGAAUUAUGCAUUAAUGUGGUUAGUUGUCUUUCCCUUAGAAUUAGUUGCAGCAUCUAUGUGUGUAAAAUAUUAUAACAAUACCAUUGAUCCAGUUGCUUGGGUAAUAUUAUUUUAUUUAUUCAUUGUUGGAAUUAAUCUCUUUGGUGUUAAAGGAUAUGGAGAAACAGAAUUCAUUUUAAGUAUCAUCAAAGUUAUUGCCAUCAUAGGAUUUAUUAUCUUAGGUAUUGUGUUAGUUUGCGGUGGAGGUCCAAACCAUGAAUUUAUUGGUGGUAAAAACUUUCAUCACCCUGGAGCCUUUUCAAAUGGUUUCCAAGGUGUAGCAUCUGUAUUUGUAACAGCAGCAUAUUCAUUAGCAGGUUCUGAAAUGGUUGGAUUGGCCAGUGCUGAAGUUAAAAAUCCAAGAAAAGUUUUACCUAAAGCUAUUAGACAAGUAUUUUGGAGAUUAUUCUUAUUUUAUUUCUUAUCCCUUAUGCUUGUAGGAUUAAUAGUACCAUAUAAUUCACCAGAUCUUUUAGGAGCUUCAACUGAUAUGUCUAUUUCACCAUUUGUGGUUGCUAUGAGAUUGGGAGGUAUUAAAGUUUUACCAGCUAUAUUCAAUGCUUGUAUUUUAAUUUCUGUUGUUUCCGUCGGUAAUUCUGCUGUUUAUGGAUGUUCACGUACUAUUCAAUCAUUAGGAGCUCAAGGUUUAGGACCAAAAUGGAUGGCAUAUGUUGAUAAGAAAGGUAGACCAUUAGGAGGAAUUGCACUUUCAGCAUUAUUUGGAUUACUUUGUUUCCUUUCUGGUUAUGAAAAUGAAGGAUUAGUAUUUGCUUGGCUUUUAAGUGUUUGUGGAUUAGCUACUAUUUUUACAUGGUUUAAUAUUUCUUUAUGUCAUGUUAGAUAUAGAUUGGCACUUAAAACUCAAGGUAGAUCUUUAGAAGAAGUUACUUAUCAAGCAUUUGGAGGAAUAUAUGCAUCUAUUUAUUCUAUGGGCUUUUUAUUUGUGGUUUUAGCAUUAGUCUUUUAUGUUUCAUUAUUCCCACCUGGAAAUCAUAAUAAAGCAGAUGUAACUAGUUUCUUUCAAAAUUAUUUAGCAGUUAUAUUCUUAAUUGUUUUCUAUUUAGGUCAUAAAAUUAUUACAAGAAAUUGGAAAAUUUUCAAAGAUUUAAAAGAUGUUGAUUUAGAUUCUGGUAGAAGAAUUGUUGAUAUUGAUAUUCUUAUCCAAGAAGAAAAGGAAGAAGAGGACGCUAAUAAAUUAAUACCUUUAUAUAAGAAAAUCUGGAAUUACUUAGUUUAAAUUAGUUAUUAAAUGCACACUUCUUAUUAAAU